AUGACGUUGAAUGCCAACUUUAUGACUCUUCAAGCCUGUAUGCAGGAAGUCAUCCGAGCCGGUGGGAACAACGAUUACAAAAUCCCCCAUAUGAAGAAGGCCUUACUUGCGUCGAAGGCGUCUACGUUGUACCGACAUGGUAAAGAAGAGAGAGGAGUUGGCGGCUGA